UCCUCUCCCAUCUCUAAAACCGACUCUCGGGAUUUCCCAAAAAAACAUUAUUAUUAAAAAUACUUCAAAAUUUAUUAUAUAUAAUUAUUUGAUUGGAUAAAAAACCAAAAACAGCCCUCGAUUGAUCCUGAUCGUGAAAUCAGAGGCUCCACACAAUCCCUUGAAACCCUAACGCCGAACGUUCGUUUUUCCCUCCAUCCUUCGAUCGUCUCAAAGAGCUUCCAGCUCUAUCUGUCUUUAUCUCUACAUCUUUUUCAUCGUCAGAUCUGAUACCUUGACCUCCAGAUCUAGGAUUAUCUAAGCCGAUUAAGCUACACGCGCCAUCACGAUUACCUCACGCGCCGCGAACAUGGUGGUGAAUGGGAGGCCGUUGAAGAGGAUGAAGAGGAGAGUCACGGCUGACCUCCAUGACUUCCUGACGUUCCCUUCGUCAGCUUCGGGAGGUAACGGGCCUUUCAGGGUGAACGUUAGGGAGUUCCUGACGGAGCACGCGCUGUUGCCUUCGCCUUCUUCGCUGCUCCCCCACCUACUUACGUGGCAGAUCUCCUUCCGCGUCGGCGAACUGACGGAAGGCCGUUACUCGGCCCCGCCCGUUGUGUGCGACGUGGUCGAGGAGGACGUUGCCAGAUCUAGAUCCGUGUACUGCGAUCAGUGCCGAGUCGUUGGCUGGAGUGCAAAUCCAGUGUGUAGCAAACGUUACCAUUUUAUAAUAAAGGCGGAUGGUGUUUCCAUUGGUGGGUAUCACAAGCCAUGCACACGGUGUGGAGAUAUCUUGCAUUUGUCUGAAUCCAGGUGUAAGACGUGUAAUCAUGUAACGACUACGGAUGAUGUCGAAGAUUGGAUUUAUCAGCAGUUAGAGGACACCACCCAUCUUUUACAUGGUGUAGUCCAUGUAAAUGGUUAUGGGCAUCUUCUAAGAGUCAAUGGCAGGGAAGGGGGCUCCAGGAUUCUUUCCGGAUGUCAUAUCAUGAAUUUUUGGGAUCGAUUAUGCAAAGCUCUUGGAGUCAGAAAGGUUAGUGUGAUGGAUGUGUCAAAAAAGUAUGGAUUGGAAUAUCGGCUGCUGCAUGCAAUCACCAAUGGCCAUCCAUGGUAUGGUGACUGGGGAUAUGAAUUUGGCGCUGGUAGUUUUGCUCUCACCCAUGAUGCAUACAAAUGUGCUGUUGAAACCCUAUCUGGCAUGCCAUUGUCAGUCUUUCUUUCUCAAGGAAGGCAACAGCCCACUCGGUUGCAGGAUAGAAUCUCAUUUUACCAAUCAUUAUCCGAGCGUCAGUUUGUAAAUACUAGAGAACUAUUCAGUUAUUUGAUGAGUUUGAUCCACACUGCUCAAAAGUCUUCACCAGGGGUUGAUGCUACUGCCUUUAAAAGACAAGGUUCAUCUGGGAUCUCACAUAUGUGGGGUAGGAGUGAUAUUGAACGAGUACACGAAGCAAUGUUCAGAGUUCUGCGGGCAGUGAGUGGGUCCAAUUGGGCAAGUUGGCGUGCUCUUAGAGGGGCUGUUUGCAGAGUAGCUCCUCCUGAUCUCCUUGAUCAUUGCUUGAAGAAACUAGGAGGUAAGUCAGCUGCUGAUGGCAUGGUGGUUCAUACUCGACAAAAUCCUGAUUCUGGUGCGCUGGAGUUCAGACUUAAACCCGGAAGUCCUCCUGAAGUCAUCUCCAGUGGCAGUGAUUCUUCUGUCAUUAAGAGCCCAUGCCCAUCUUUAGAAGUCCUUAUACAAGACCUCCGAUUUUUCUAUGAAACUAUACUUCAUCCUCAAAUCAGCUGUACACCUGAGGCAACAAGGGAUCUUGUGAUUUGCUCAGCUGAAAAGCUUAUUGACUGCAAGCAAUUUGUGAAAGAAUACAAGCCUGAAAAGCGAGCGAGUUUGAAGUCAUCAAUUAUAUGCCUCUCAUGCCAGGUGGAACUUUCUGAUGAAUCUGAUAAGUUUGCCCCUAAACCUCCCCCAGAACUAAUUAUCUUGCCUCUUACUGCUACUGUUGGUGAUCUGAAGCACGAGGCUUCAAGGGCUUUUCAAGAUGUGUAUUUGAUGUUCAAAAGAUUUGAAGCUGAACAGCUGCUUGGGUAUAGCGGUGUUGAUGAUUCCACCCAGGUCAAGCUCUUGUUAGGGUCAACUGAAUCAGUUUGUGUCCGAGGAAGAUGUGCAGGAAAAACCGGUCUCAGCAAAUACAGAAUGGAGAGAGGGACUGAGAGGUGGACAGUGGAUUGCGUCUGUGGGGCCAAGGAUGAUGACGGGGAGAGAAUGCUGGCUUGCGAUGUUUGUGGGGUGUGGCAGCACACUAGGUGUUCUGGUAUUCACGACUCUGACUCGGUGCCUGCAAGGUUUGUCUGCCAUCGAUGCAGAGGCUCCGGCCACUUGAACAAAGUCAAUGGGCAAGUGCAAGGAUGAGAAGGUGAUUGUUUCAGUUGGUGGUAACAAUAGCAGCUUUGGAAAGAACUUAACAACUGAUGAUGUUCGCUAGAUUUUGUAUUUUGUAAAUGUUGUUAGGAGGGCGUUCCUCUGGCCUUGAAUGAACUUGUACAUAAGCAUGAGGCCACUCCUUCCAAUUCCUUUCUCCUCUUAUUCCCUUUGUAUAUAAAUUUAAUUUUCAUCAUGGUUAGUUUAUGCCAUGGGAAAGUGGGAAACAAGAAAAUGAAAAAGAAAAAAAAAAGAAAAAAAAAAAAGAGAGAAAAUAAGAAGAAAGUGUUGAUGCAGAUCAAUAGACAAAUAAUUUUUCUUCU